GCACAACGAACAAGACCAAGCGCCCGCGCCCGAAAGGGCUAUGGGUGUCGCAGGUCACACAGUCACAUCGCCCGGCUCGUCACAGAACGCCGAGCCCAGCUCUGUCCGCCAUCAUCCCGCUCAGCGGGUUGCACAGCGAGUGCUGCAGCGACCACGAGGAAGAGCUAGCGGAUUCCCCACCCUCGACCCCAUCUAAGCGGGCCCGUUAUUCAACCGAAUCGAGUGAGGAAACGGCCAGUUCUGGUCACUGCGGUGGUGCAGCACAUCACCCUCCCCGAGUAAGCGGCUGGACGAAGCGAACGAAGGUCAUGGACACAACAACAACGGCAAGGAGGGGAUCCCAAACAGGUCUCAAGAGCACCUGCGAUUUUGAGGACUGGGAGGAUUUGAAGGACCUGUUCCAGAAGGCAGCCGAGCAGUACGAGAGCGACGAUACGUCCGAGGCUCUCGCCCUCCUCCGUGGAGUCAUACACGAGUGUCACCGAUUCCUGCUGCACUAUCAAGAUCCCUCUGUCCUGUUCUCCGCACCAUCCCCGCGCGAAGAGUCCGAGACUCCCCCAGAUCUCUCACCCUCUGAGGAGAAGCUGCGCAGCGAAUGGAGCUUUGAGAACAUUCAGAGCGACAGCAUCAGCCACAAGAGCUGCCAUCACCAUCGACACGUAUCCCAGCCUCAGCCGCCCUUGGCCCGCAGGAAAUGCAAAUGCCGUGAACUCCCUACCGCCUUCCAUGCCAUCCUUGGCUCCACCCUCUUCCUCUUCGGUAACCUCAUCGCUCAAGAUCCCAAUGUCGCCCUGGAAGGCGAACCAAAUACACCAAUACCCUACUGGCUAGCCGCGCUCGACGUCUUCGAGACCGGCGAGAACCUCCCCAAGCGUACAGACGGUCGAAGUACGUGCGAUGCUCCUGAAGACUGGCGGAUGGCUAUCGUCUGGGGCCGUACGCUGGUUUGCAUUGCAGAGGAGGCUAUCGAACGCUCGAAAGACACCCCUGCCUUCACCGCGGAGGAGCCUGCGUGGCCAAAAGAGUCUCCCUUCUCAGUCAUCGCCGCCCGCCGUCCUCCCAUCACCCUACGCAUGUCGCUUGCGGGCGCGACAGCCAACGACCUAAUGAUCCUCGCCAUGGACCAGUUUUCUCGUGGGAUCUUCCACAUGCCGCACCCUCUUCAUGCAACUCAUGCGCAACCCCCACCCGACGGCGCCGAGGACAUGUCGACUGCACCGCCCACGUCUGCGACCGCGACGGACAAUUUUUCGCGCGCGAAGGAGUUGUACACUGUAGCACACGAGGUCCUGCUGCUCGCCGAAAAGCUUACGGUGCCUCGGGAACGUCAGUACUGGGCUUCGUGGGCAGACUCGGUCUUUGAGCAGAUGCGUAUGGAGGCCGACAUGGACAACUGGCGCGGGCCAAUAACGCGCAUGCGCGGCAAGUGCUGGCUCACGUACGGGUCCGCGCGCCUGGACGAGAUUGAGGCGCGGCUACAGGAGGCGCACAGCGAUGCGGAGUCUGACGCCGUCCUGGCGAGCGAGAGUGCCGUCGAGGCACGGCACGCACUCGAGAAAGCCAUGGAGUUUUUCGAGCGAGCGCUCGAGUUGUCGAGCCGGCCAGACGCCGACAUGGACCUCGACCCCACGACGCAGGAGCGGGACGCGCUCUCGGAGACGAAGGACCUGCUGCUAGAAGCCGUCCUUCCGCUGCUCGACCUCACGCCGGAAAAGUCGAAGCGCGACGAGCUGUACGCACGCGCUGUGCGCGUCGGUGGGGAGGACGUCGUCAGGUUGCUGCAGGGUGACCCGAUGGAUGAGGACGAGGAUUGAGUGCUGUGCCCCGUGCUCUCGCUUUCGUGUGCUGCUUACCAUUAUCAUCUUGGCUUUCACUUGCAUCAUAUCUGCUCUCGAUACUCAUUACUCAUCGCAUCUAUAUCAUUCAUGUAUUAGACUUCGUAUACCGCUGUAUACCAAAUGCACGCUCACGUCUUGAUCUUCGUCUUUGGCCUGCAAGGCCCAUCUCUCUGCGUGCGUGCUCUUCUGGCUCAUGCUUCUGUUGGCCUUUUCAAAUCCUUGCGAGCGCUCUCAGUCAACGGUAGGCCCCAUAGUAGGGGUAUGAAGUGCGACGGGCCUAAUGUAUUCGCGUUAUGAACAGGCCGCAAUGCCCAGCUUUUUGAGCGGAGAU